CAUAAGACAGAUUGAGAAGCAGAAGUGAAGGAACCAUCACACUCUGCAGAAGCUGCUGUUUGUAGUUUCUAUCUAAUCGCUCUUCUACUCCUUGAGUUCCACAGACACUGCUCAAACCCUCCUCCUCUACCCCCUCCUCUACCUCCUCUUCCAGGUGAAUAUGGGUCAUGGUCGAAUCACCCCGAUGGGAGCUUUGCUCCUACUGGUGCUUCCUCUUACGGUCUCCGUCGACCCGGAAACAUGCAGAACAACAGGAAUGCCAGGAAUUCCAGGUGUCCCUGGGUUACCCGGAAGGGAUGGUCGUAAUGGUUUGAAAGGUGAUACAGGAGAGCCUGGACCUACCACGGGGCCCAGGGGCCAGCUGACGGUCCCAGGUGAGGUGGGGGGACCGGGACCCACAGGUAAACGAGGACCAGGAGGAGAUCCAGGAAUGAGGGGGCCGCCGGGAUUUCCAGGACCCCCUGGUGAAAUUGGAGAGAACGAUAGCAGUGGUCCUGUAGACACUGAGGGUCGCUCUGCCUUCUCCGCGACCAGAGCCGUGUCCGGCGAGCCCCCCCGCUCCGCCCCCAUCAUCUUCAGCACCGUCAUCACCAACUACAACAACGACUUCGACGCAGACACGGGCCGCUUCAGGUGCAGUAUUCCAGGUACGUACUACUUUGUGUACCAUGCGUCGGCCACUGCGAGGCUGUGUCUCCAGCUGAUGCUGGACGGAGAGAAGCUGGCUUCCUGGUGUGAUAUACAAACCAGGGACACCCCCAGACAGGUCAGUUCUGGCGGUCUGGCGGUGUACCUGAAGGGUGGCCAGGAGGUGUGGUUGGAGACCGGCAACUUCGGAGCCAUGACCUCCAGACCGGGCGGCGUCAGCAUCUUCUCUGGCUUCCUCAUGCACCGCCACCAAUAACCUCCCCCUCUCUCCGUCUCUUCCUGCUCCACCUCAUCCUCACUUCCUCCUCUUCCUCCUCCGCCACCUCCUCCAUCUCACAUGCUCCUCCCCCAACUCCUCACCCUCUUCUUCCUCCUCCGCCACCUCAUUGUCACCACCUCCCCCUCACCUCAUCCUCCUCCUCAUCUCCUCUUCCUCAACUUCACCUCCUCCAUCUCACAUGCUCCUCCCCCAACUCCUCACCCUCUUCUUCCUCACCUGUUCCUCACCUUCUCCUCAAUACUCCUCUGUGUUUUAAACUAAGUUGAGCAACCCAUUUUCUUCUCCUCAUUCUCACGCCUUCAAUUGUUGUUUGAUUGUUGUCAGCCUCAUUUGUAAAUCGUUUGAAUAAAAGCUUGCUCUAAGGACCACAUGUAGAUGUGGAUCUCAACAUGGCGCCCGGUUCUUACGUGUUGAGGUGUCUGUUCUGUUCGCCGGGAGAUCUGGUCCUUGUUCCAACUUUAUUAAACUAACUCUCAGAACAUG